UAAAUGCAGUGAACAGAUCAGUACUAACUAUUUUGCCAGCUGAUAAUGAACAACUGUAUUCAAGACAGAUUUCCAAAUGGGGAAUCCCCCUGGAGCCUUCUCAGAAAGAAAUAACUUUCCCAAAGAUGCCUGUGAUUGUCCCUCCUGGUGUUGCAGCCCUGCAUUCAUCCUUAGGCUCAAAGCACAAGCUGUCAGUGAUGAUGAAGAUUCUGUGCGAUCCAAGAAAUGCAUACCACCGGAGUGUUCUGAAUCAGAACUAUGGUGUCAGUUUGCCAUUAAUUAAUCGGAGGAAAACAGUAUCUGCACCAAGGCAGAAGAUAGCAAAAGGUGUGACAGUCAGCAACCUUUCAGUGGCUCCACCGUCCUUCCAUUUGAAUAACAUUCACUCUGUCUUGCCUAUUUCUCACCAGGAUGCAGAGAAAGGCAUCCUAAAUCUAAUUGAAAGAGGACUGAUCCCACGUGCUGCUAGGAUUACUCUAGAGAAGCCACCCAUUCUGCCGAAACCUGUUCCUCUCCAUGAAUUUCAGACAAAGUUCAAGAAACUAGAUGCAGAUGGAGCUCCGCAGGGUGAGAAGAUAGAAACGCCUGCCCUCCCUUAUCAGAAGCCCACCCACGUGUCCAAGUACCAAGGCAAGGAGAAGAAAGGAACCAAGGGAAGCAUCGCCCCACCGCCAUCCUGCAUCUCGGUGGUUUCCUCCAAGAGAUUCAAACUGCAACAGCUACUUCAGGCGAUGAGACAAAGGGAGUCAGCCACCUCUUCUGUCUGUUUGGUAAAGACCCCAGAAGCGAUACCAACAGAGAAAUUCAAGAAUGUGCUUUUGGAGCUUGAAAUACCUGUUUGUAAAGGCGUCAUUGACUACACAGCGUCUGAUCUGCUUCAGUUUAAGCAGCACUGCUGUUUCUUCUGGGGAAGCGUUCUUUCCUUCUUGGAACAAGUGGAGACUCUGAUGAAGGACUAUGCCGUGCCUUCCGCCAUCCUCAUGGGGAAGAAAGUGGUGGAGCUCAUUCCAGAUUUUGAGCUUAACCAGAGAGCAACCCAGAAGGAACUCCUCUCAGUGAUAAAGAAUGGGUCAUCGGUUCAAAAGUUCUUAAGCCAGCCUGGCCGGAGAUACAGAGGACAAAAUGGCGCUGAAAAGGCAGCCACCAAGAUCCAGGCAACGUGGAGGUGCUACAAAUUGAGAAAAGCCUACAUUGGAUUCAGGCAUCAGCAGUGGGCCUCGGGCAUCAUUGCCAUCUCUUGGCUCAUGCAUGUUCAUUUGGGGCGUGUCAGAAAGACCCUGCAGGAGUCACGGCAGAGACACCUGGAGAACUUCCACAUCAGGGCCAAGCAUCUGGCCGCCAACUGGAAUCGCAUCAGGAGCUCCAGGAGGACGAUUAUCCAUAUCCCAUCGUUAGGAUACCCGCAGUCGAUUCGAGAGGCAGAUCCAGAUUUUGCUGUUCAUCAAGGAUCGCAGUUUGGAAGGCUGUGUGAGAUAAAAGAUUCGAAUGUGGAUGUCAUCUAUAUUUGCCCCUUAGAACUAAGUGAGGAGAUGCUGCGCUAUUACAGCAAACUCUUAGGUCUGCAGCUAGCCGUUCGAUCUGGGAACCCCGAGGACAUCGCUGACCUGCAGGACAGGUUCAAAAUCCUCACCCCUGAAGCCAUAAACCGCUUUCCUAACCACCCCAUGUCCCUGGCUACAUUCUUGAAAUACAGCCCUAAAACCAUUAAAAGGGUCAAAAACCUGAUCCAAGGCAAAGAAGCCUAUAUUGUUGGAGGCCUUCUGAACCAAGAUGACCUGGAAGUGGCCGAUGUGCUAGACUUGCCCAUUCUCGGCUCUGAUCCAGAAGUGGCUCAUCUCUACAGCACCAAGUCCGGAAACAAAAGAGUCUUCACCGCCGCGUGUGUUCCGGUGCCCCCCGGGCAGCAUGACAUCUACAGCAGGCAGCAGAUGAUAGAGGUCCUUAGUCAGCUGAUUAUAGACUACCCAGAAGUGAAACGUUGGGUGUUCAAGGUGGAUAAUGACUUUGGGGGAAAUGGAACUGCAUUUUGUGACAUCACUAAACAUCUCAAAUGCUACCCUUGGAUUAUGAAGGAGAGUCUUCGAUAUGGACCAGAGAUAUGGAAUAAGAGGUGGGCUCACGAACCAGCUUUGGUGAAGCUCUCUCAGGAGCUACCGGGCCUUUUAGCACAGCACGCGCAGGCUGUCAAUGAGAAACGAUUUCCUACAUGGGGGAAAUUCCUCCAAAUGUUUGUGAGUCAAGGUGGAAUCAUAGAGGCCUUCCCGCCUUCAGAUAGCAUCACCAACCUCACAGUGGACAUGGUAAUUGAACCCACAGGGGAGGUCACGAUGGUUUCCUGCGGAGACCAGUUUCACGCGGACAGUCCCUUGCGGUCUUCGGGAACUACCCUUCCUCAGGCUUCGGUUGAACCCCAGCUCCUUAACUUGCUGUGUUUUAAAAUUGGAGAGGCCUGCAAAUCCAGGGGAGUGGUUGGAUACUUCUCCAUUGACUUUGUGACUUUCAUCCACCCUCAGACCAUGAGACAGCAGGUCUGGGCGGUAGACUUGGAUCUGCACUACAGCGAUCACCUGGCCAUGACGCAGGUCGUGCUGUACGUAACACAGGGGACCUUAGAUUGUGAAUCAAGCCGCUUCCAAGUACAAGUCACUCCAAAGAAACCACACGGCCUCUGUCUCCAGAAGAAACAGCCCCAGUCCACUUCCAUGGUCAGCCGCUACGUUAUCAUGAGCAGUUCAAUUAAGAAUACCAACCUUUCCUUCAUUUACUAUAAUGUUUUCCUGAAGAUGUGCAAGGCUCAUGGGAUUGGAUAUGAUGUGCAGCUAAAAGAGGGAACUGUUUUUAUCUUGUUUGAAGACCAGAAAAGACACACGUUUGGAAUGGUAACAAUUGGAGAACAUCUCCAGGGGGUCCUCAUGACCUUUGCUCAGCAUCUCUUCAUCAUCUAUCAAGAAUUAUCAGCACCUAAUAUGCAUGCCGAGACCAAUUUUAAGGGAGCAGUCCAAGAUAUUGAGAAGAUCUUGGGAGUUACAGAACAGAACAAGUUAAAAUUUGAAGAGGAAAAGGAGGCCUUGAGAGCAGAAGCGUUCACAAAAUAGUUAAAGUAUGUUCUUCGUGCCUUGAGUUUCUCACUAUACAUCUUCAAAUUCUUCAUCUUUUUGAAGCCUUCCAAUUUACAAUUGUAAAUCUGAAAUUGUAUUCUGGAUUUUUGAAAACCACAUUUAAUGAAGAUAAGUAGAUCUCAGUUGUGACCCAGGUUUUUAAAACUGUUAAUAUUAGAUUACAUUUCCCUUAUGUGGUUUACAUGAAUAUUGAUUUAUU